CGCAUACCUGAAAUAGAUAGCAAAACAGAAAACAUAGGUGAGAAUAUUUUAGAUGGACCAAAUGGAUAGCCUUAUCCUCGCCGGAGCCACAAGAAUGAGAACCCAAAAUCUCUCUGACGAAAACCCAUUGUGCCACGUGUCCAUCUCUGAUCCUUGGCCAAAACAUAAAAUCGCCCACCAGUUCAUAAAGCGAACUGAACCUCAAAACGGGAAAGAAGAGAAGAGAACAAAAACAGAGCAAAGCAAGAAAAGCAAUGGCUUCUCUAGCAACGUUAGCUGCCGUGCAACCAGCAGCCGCCAGCGUCAAGGGACUCGGAGGCAGCUCCAUCUGUGGAACCAAGCUCCAUGUGAAGCCUUCUCGCCAGAGCUUCAGAACCAAAACCUCCAGGAGUGGUGGUGUGGUGGCAAAGUACGGUGACAAGAGUGUGUAUUUUGAUUUGGAGGAUUUGGGGAACACUACUGGACAGUGGGAUUUGUAUGGCUCAGAUGCUCCUUCUCCUUACAACCCUCUCCAGAGCAAGUUCUUCGAGACGUUCGCUGCUCCAUUCACCAAGAGAGGAUUGUUGCUCAAGUUCUUGAUACUGGGAGGUGGUUCCACCAUUGCUUACUUGGGUUCUACGGUCUCUGGCGACAUUCUCCCGAUCGUUAAGGGCCCUCAGCUGCCACCAAAGCUUGGACCUCGCGGCAAAAUCUAACUUCGUUGUAUGUAUCCAUGUUUAUGUGUACCCUAUUUAGAUGAAGUAUGCAAGUUUGUCCAAAAGUAUACUUUACAAGCCGGUUUCAACCUCAAUUACAUUCGUU